AUGGAGGGUGUCAGCAUUUUCAGCGCUUUGUUGGCCAGUAUCACCUUUGGAUCUUUGGCAGUAUUCUUCAUCGGAGCCUCAUUUUCGUACGGCUUCUAUAAUGCAUUCCUCCACCCCCUCUCUCGGUAUCCCGGCCCUCUUCUGAUGCGCGCAUACAUGUUCCCACUCAUAUAUCAGCUCUGCACUGGCCAAAUCGCGCAUAACCUGAUCGCGUAUCACAAGAAGUAUGGUCCCGUGGUUCGCAUCGGCCCCGACGCACUGUCAUUCAUCUCCGGCAAGGCCUGGACCGACAUCUAUGGCCUGCUACCUGGACGGUGCCAGAAUCUCAAGGAUAAACAUUACUUCAUCCCAGGUAUGGGAGGGAUCAUUUUGUCGGAUAAUAGCACACACACGCAGCGGCGGAGAAUGUUGAUGAGUUCCUUCUCCGCCAGGUUCCUGGAGGAGAUACAGCCAAUGCUGAUGAAGUACGUGGAUCUCAUGAUGGCGCGAUUGCGAGAAAGAAUCGACGAGGAUGAUACAACGCAGGAUAUUGGAAAAUGGUACAACUGGGCUUUGGUUGACUUUACUGGCGACUUUUCCUUCGGACAGUCGUUCGAAUGCCUCGAGAAGCAGGAUUGGCAUCCGUGGAUCAAGACUGUUUUCGACGGCAUCACAGCCGGGUUUGCCAUUAGCCAGCUCGAGCGCUAUGGCCUGUACACGUUUCUCAGGAUGGUUCUGCCCGAGUCGGCGUGGAAGAUGAAGAAAGACUUUGACGAUUUUGUGCAAGCUGUCGUUCACACGAGACUCGAGAAAGGGCAGGGAACGAAGCCGGAUGUCUUUCGCAAUAUUUUACUCAACUCUGGAGGCGAGGAAUUGGAGCUGCAACCGCUGUACCAUGACAGUACGAGCCUUAUCAUUGCUGGCAGCGAGACGACGGCGACCUUACUGACAGCGGCAACUUACUAUUUGCUUCGAGCGCCCGAGAAGCAAGACCGUGCCGUUGAGGAGGUUAGGAGGAUGUUUCAGUCCGAUGUGGACAUCAACAUGCAUAGUGUCAAUGGGUUGAGGUAUCUAAUUGCCGUUCUGCAGGAGACGUUGAGGAUAUUUCCCCCCAUCCCCGGCGCCAUGGCGAGAGUCGUCUCACAGCCUGAGGGGCAGAUGAUAGAGGGAAACUUCGUUCCUUACGGUACAGCCGUUGGAGUGCAUCAGCUCGCAGGCUCUUUGUCCCCACGGAACUGGACAAGACCAGACGAGUUCCUCCCGGAGAGAUGGCUUCCUGAAAACAAGGAGGAAUUCGAGGGAGAUCACCAUGAUGCCUCAAGAGCUUUCAGCUACGGUCCAAGGGAUUGUAUUGGAAAGAAUUUGGCACACAUUGAAUUACGCAUCAUUAUGGCGAAAUUGCUCCUGCAUUUCGACAUGGAACUUCCUAAAGAGAUGGAAGAAUGGAGGAGUGGAUGCCAGCCUCAUAUCGUUUGGGAUAAGCCGCCAUUGAUGGUGAAAAUGAAGCGAGCGCGUAGAUAA